CGUUAAACUUGAGUUCACGUGUUGUGAUAAACGAAACGUUCCUUUCAAAACGUGUGACACAGACGUCAACUGUGUCUUACACAUUUUAGCGUAAAAAUAUAAAAUAAUUAUUAAAAAUGUCUGUCGUUAAAAAGAAGAAGCGUGUUUCAAAGAAGAAUAAGAAGGCGUGGGGAAAAUACAGUGAUAUUCGCGAUGUCGAGGAGUUCUUAGAGGAUCAGAGAUUGGAAGAACGAUUGGGUAAGUUUGAGGCGAAACCAGACAGUGAGCUGUUCGUGGUAGAUACUGCUGGUGACAAUGACGAGGUCGAGGACAAGAAGCCACUCUCACACAAAUUACAGAAAAGGGCCAAGCUGAAGGAAUUACCAAAAUGCUUCGAAGUAUUGUUGCCCACAUCUAAGGUUCAAGAUCCAAAUGCAAAACGUAACCAUGUAAAUCCGAUUGGCUUCAAACCAACAGCCUUAAGCAAGUUGAAACAAAAGAAGUUGGCAGAGAAAGGAGUGUUUGAGAGGAAGUUACAAGAAGCCAAGAAGAAUAGGAAACUGGCUAGAGACAAGAAAAGAAAGGCUAAACAAGUUAGACAGAACUUCAAUAAGGACCUUUGGGGGCAAGAUUUACCAGAAGCCAAGGGUAUUCCAGAAACGUUAGUGGAUGAAUUCAUCUCACCAGAAGCACAACUCCACAAUGUGCUACCAACACAGAGACUCCGGCCAAAGCCUCCGCUAGCCAAGACAGUUGUCACUAGGGCUGCGGUGGAAGCUCCUCAUCCAGGAGUCAGUUAUAAUCCUUCAUUCCAGGAACACCAAGAGCUACUGCAGCAGGUUGGCCAGCACGAAAUGAAGAUGAUGAAGCGUGAGGCACACCUCAACAGAGUGACCACCGGCAUGUUCCGCAGGGUCACCCAACAAGAGAAAGAGAAUCAAUGGCGAGAGGAGAUGAGCGCUGGCCUGCCUCAACCACACAAUCCAGCCAACGACUCAGGCUCCGAGACAGACAAUGAAUACAAAGCAGUGAAUCCUCCGGUUAAGAAUAAGAAGAAAGACCACAAGGCCAGGAGGAAACAGCGAGAGAGAUUAGAGGAGAAAGAGAGACUGAAACGGGAGAAGAUCGACAAGAAGAAGAUCACUGAUCUUUAUAAGCUGCGUAAACUCCAGUCUUCAAUACAGACUCGUGAACAAAAAAUGGCGGAAGAGAGAACCAAGCGCGCAGAGAAGCGCGCUGCUACUGAAGCGACCGCUUUACCCGCACUCAGCGCUCACAAGACGCCCAUCAAAGAACCUGACUUCGUAGACCCUAAGCAGCUGAGCGGAGACUUGAGGAAUGUACAGUCUACAACAAACCUUCUCCGAGACCGAUUCGAAUCCCUCCAACGUCGCGGUGCCCUCGCAGCGUCCAAGGUCAUGAUGAAGAAGAAGAGGAAACUCAAGAGUUACUUCAAACCAGGGCAUAAAGUCACCGAGAAAGAUAUUGAGAAAUACGUCAACAGGAACGUAGGGAAAAAGUAAUGUUGUGUCUGUGACAUAGAGUCGAUUUUAUCUUGUAUAAGUGUAAGUGCAUUUGUACAUUAUUAAAGGAUUAUUUAAAGGUUUUUUGUAGUUUGUUUUUUAUAUUUAUUUUGCCUAUGUGGUGGGGACUAUGUUG